AUGGAGCGCUCCCGGGGCGGCCGCGUUUUUGCUUCUGUUUCAGGGUUUGGUCCAUUUGGAGAACAUGCUGUCAAUGCCAGCUGGAUUGCAGUUCAGGAACUGGAGAAACUAGGACUGCGAGAUGAUGUGGAUCUGCAUGUGUAUGAAAUCCCGGUUGAAUAUCAGACUGUGCAAAGGCUAAUUCCUGCAUUAUGGAAAAAGCACAGUCCACAACUGGUGGUCCAUGUAGGUGUUUCGGGUAUGGCUACAACUGUAACUCUGGAGAAGUGUGGCCACAAUGUGGGCUACAAAGGCUUAGACAACUGCCGCUUCUGCCCAGGCUCCCAGUGCUGCGUCGAGGGCGGCCCCGAGUGCAUCGAUUCCAUUAUUGACAUGGACACAGUUUGCAAGAGAGUCUCAGCCCUGGAGCUGGACGUCACUGUCACUAUAUCUAAGGAUGCGGGCAGAUACCUAUGUGACUUCACUUACUAUACUUCCUUGUACCAGAGCCGUGGGAGGUCUGCUUUUGUUCAUGUACCUCCACUGGGAAAACCAUAUACUGCCGAACAGCUGGGCCGGGCACUACAGGCUAUAAUAGAAGAAAUGCUGGAUGUUUUGGAGCAUUCUGAUGAAAAAAUCAAUUGCCAGCACGAACACUGAAACUGGGCAGAAGCUAUUUUAGUAUUGCACUUCCAAAAUUUUCCCUGCUACAGAAGUACUGGGGAAGACGGUCUGUCUGAAACGUACAGAACAAGAAUUGGAGACUUCAAAAAUGAAAAUUCCACUUCUAGAAAUUGACAUUUUUUUUGUCAAAUAUGUGCAUUUCAGCCUAGGCAACAAAGGAUUCAAAAUCUCUCCUUUUAAACACCCACAACUACUCGUUUCUGUAGUGACUGGAGUAUAUUUGCUUUGCUU